UUUCCACCGACCCGCAGAUUUUUUUUAAUUUUUGAAAAACAAUGAUUUACAAAUUCAAGGGCUGCGUUUUACUUCCGCUAAAAUAAGUUUGCAGCGGUACUAUUAAAAACUUGGAAAUAAAUGAAGACUCAAAGAAAAAAAAUUUUUAAGAAACAAAAUAUGUAAAUGCUACAAAAUCUCUAAAAAAUGGGUAUCCCACGAACGGAUGGCGUCAUGUCUAUUGAACUCCUUUCAUUAGAGGAAGUGACGUCAAGUUACUCAGCUUAAUUUAUCGUAAACCUUUGUAUUGAAUGAACUGUGCCCGGAGAAUGGACGCACAACGAUGACGAUGUGUUGAUUGAAAACAGAAAGGAAUAAACCUACACACAUCCCGCAAGUUCAAAUGUUAAUUUUUUUUAAUGGAGAAGCCUGACUGGAAUUCAAAUGGACUGUGAAGGUAGGUUGGUUUUCUUCUUCUUCUAUAUUUUGAGGGCCCACGAUGAAUGUAUUUAUGCUUUUUUUAUGAACAUAUUGAUUCAGUAAUGUUCAUAUUUGACACACAAAAAAAACAUGUUACGAUAAGUAUACUUAAACAAUAGAGGCCAUAAACUCAUUAUGAACACACUUGUUCAAACUAGUGCAGAUAUUUAUGCGACUUUACACUUAACUGACACAUGUUCGAAUUAUGCAGUUUUUAUUUAAAGUUUACUUUGCUUUGUUAAAGUAGGGUCCCGUUUCAUAGAGCUUCCAUACAAGGGAGGCGAAUAAAAAAUAAAAAGCAUAGGAACCUAUGAGAUCAACCAAUACAAACCUGUACAAAUCAUCAAUUAGCUGUUUCUAUGUGUGUGGCAUGAUUUGAGAAUGAUAUAUAAUUUGUCACAUCAUUAGAGCCCAUAUAAAGAAUGAUCUUUUCCCUCUUGAAAUGAAACAUGUUGUAUUCAUUUGCGUACAUUGUUAAAUACGCUUCCUUACACAGCCGACUGACGCCAGGAAAAUAGCCUACUGACGCCAAGAACACAGCCUACUGACGCCAAGAACACAGCCUACUGACGCCAAGAACAUCCGACUGAAGCCAGGCACACGUGCUGCUGACGUCUGGAACACGUCCCACUGACGGCAGGAACUCGUCCUACUGACGCCAGGAACUCGUCCUACUGACGCCAGGAACUCGUCCCGCUGACGCCAGGAACUCGUCCUACUGACGCCAGGAACUCGUCCUACUGACGCCAGGAACUCGUCCUACUGACGCCAGGAACUCGUCCUACUGACGCCAGGAACUCGUCCUACUGACGCCGGGAACACGUCCUACAGACGCCGGGUAGCCGAGGGACACGUACCAGAUGGCCAGUUUCAAAAAGAAGCUACGACUGUGGCAGCAGGAGAUAUGGGACGUGGCUUGUAAGCCGACGCUGUUGUUCCCUCUAGUCAUUGUUGGUUUCUUUAUGCUGUGGCUGGCUGAAAAACAGGUUGGUCAUUCGUUCCUGGCGAUAAGUAACAGAGGAUUGUUAACGUUUAAUAUGUUACAGAUUUUUGUAACAAUUAGCUUCUUGUUUCGCUUAAACAUAUAUGUUCUACACCUCAGGAUCUUACGUACUGUGUCAAAAGAGUUCAACAUGUGUUUUUGAGGGAAAAAAAUACUAUAAGAGUUGAAGUGACCCCAUGCCUCUCUUACAUCAUGUGUGACAUGAUGAUGUUACCCAUACACCAUAUGUUACAUGAUGCUUUGACCACAUACGCCAUUUGUGAUUAUGAUGCAACUCAUACACAACAUGCGAUGAUGUGACCUAUACAGUCUAUGUGUCAUGAUGAGUUGAAAUCAUUCAUCAUAGGUGACAUGAUGAGGUGGGCCCAUACACCAUAAGUGUAUGAUAAAGGGAUACACCAUAUACCUCGUUGGAAACUCCGCGUUAGAGUCACAUUCGAAAUUUAAAAUGAGGAGAGACCUCAAGGACAUUACAGUUAAGAAGUAACACAGUCUCAACUCGUUCCCACAGCCCCACGCUCACUGCUAGCCCCACCUCUACGGCCACUCACACACCACACACACCCUCACUCAGAAUCUUCAUCCCACGCCCACUCCCAACCCCCACAUCCACACUCACCCCACUGCCACUUUCACCACAUCCCCCACACCCCCUCCAUAGGCUUCCUCACCCCCACGGCUACACCAACACACAUCCCCCACGACCACCCCCACUUCGACACUUUCCUAACCCCAACCCCCAUCGCCACAACCCUCAACCCCAAUCGCCACAACCCUCAACCCCAAUCGCCACAACCACACCCACAUUUUUUGACGCAAACACUCAGACACAAACAACUUACCAAUUAUUUAACCUUUUAUUUAUGUCACGUGCAUAUAUUGUAACACCUAAUUCAACAUACUCAACGAGUUAGUCAGGACACCGUAGUCAUAUCACCGUAGUUAUUGCUUUCUCCGGGAUAAUAUUGACGCCAAGUGUGGCCACCUUAUGACAAUGGUGAUGUGUGGCCAUCUUAUGACAAUGGUGAUGUGGAGCCAUCUUAUGACAAUGGUGAUGUGGAGCCAUCUUAUGACAAUGAUGAUGUGUGGCCAUCUUAUGACAAUGAUGAUGUGUGGCCAUCUUAUGACAAUGAUGAUGUGUGGCCAUCUUAUGACAAUGGUGAUGUGUGGCCAUCUUAUGACAAUGAUGAUGCGUGGCCAUCUUAUGACAAUGGUGACAUGUGGCCAUCUUAUGACAAUGAUGAUGUGUGGCCAUCUUAUGACAAUGGUGAUGUGUGGUCAUCUUAUGACAAUGGUGAUGUGUGGCCAUCUUAUGACAAUGGUGAUGUGUGGCCAUCUUAUGACAAUUAUGAUGUGUGGCCAUCUUAUGACAAUGGUGAUGUGUGGCCAAGUGUGGCCAUCAAAUGAAAAUGGUGACAUGUGGCCAAGUGUGACCACCUUAUGAUAAUGGUGAUGUGGGGGCCAAGUGUGGCCAUCUGAUGACAAUGGUGAUGUGGGGGCCAAGUGUGGCCAUCUUAUGAAAAUAGUGACAUGUAGACAAAUUUGGCCAUCUUAUGACAAUGUUGACGUGGGGGCCAAGUGUGGCCAUCUUAUGAAAAUAGGGACGUUUAGCCAAAUUUGGCCAUCUUAUGACAAUGGUGACGUGGGGCCAAGUGUGGCCAAUUUACAGCAAUGGUGAUAUCAAGUGAUGUGAAACAAAGUGUAGUCACCUGAAAACAAUGGUGAUGUGGUGCAGGGGCCGUUGGUGCAGGGGCCGUUGGUACAGACACCUUAGAAAAGAUGACGCAUUAUUCCAAGCAUUACCUGUCUGUCAGUAGUACCUGUAAACAACUCAAUUUUUGUCUCUAUUAACAAUCUGAUUAUUUUUCGUUAUAAAAAUUAAUAUUUGUUUCUAUAAAGACCUAAAUAUUUGUCUUUAUAAACAACUAACUAUGUGUCUUUAAUAAACAAUUGAACAUUUAUUUUGUAAACAACUGAAUCUGUCUUUAUGAACACGUGAAUAUAUUUCACUCAAACACUAGUCAUGCCAGUGACCAAUAGUUUUUUAAACACUUACGUUUCGGGGAAAAGAAUUAUUACCCCAGAUUAGACAAAUAAUACAGUAAGCUGAACAUUAUUAUUUGCUGUAAAAUACCUUUGAAGGCGUAGUUUACCGCAGGCCAAAGUGUAAUGUAAAAUUAUGACGCAAAUGAUGCACGUCAUGCGGAGGAAUCUGACCUAGUUUGGGAACACUAUUGGAAGGUCUCGGAAUGAAGUUAAGCUUCGCGUCAUAUGACAGCCACAUUUAUUUUAAGUUGGUUACACAAUUAUGCACACAUGCGCGCUAAGUAAACAAAUAUGUCAACAAUGGCGCACUAUGACGCGACAAGGAGUAAGCACGUGUUCAGCAUGUUGAGGCAUCUCAUUGUCAUUUAUUUGUUGGAUUUUUGUAGCUACGUGUUUUGUUAGACACCGCUGUCCGUGGAGCAUUCUCACUACAGCCAUCAAACCUCACAUAUACAAUUAAGAUCUGAUUUCGUGUACCACAAAGCUGCUUAUCAAUGUGAAGAGAAAAAAAAAGGGUAGAAUGACGUCAUCAACUAUUAAUUUAGUCUGUUCCUAGUGUUUUUUUUUAUUUGUAAAUGUCUAUGGGAUGGUAAAAGUCCAUCAAUGAUGUAAAUAUUUAUGAGCUAUUCAACUGUCUAUGGGUUAUGUAAAAUUCCAUUAAUUAUGUAAAUAUUUUUGAGUUUUUCGAAAUGCUAUGGGUUAUGUAAAAGUGCAUUAGUUAUGGGAGUAUGCAUGCGUUAUUUAAAUGUCUAUGAGUGACUUAAAUGGGAAUGAGUUAUAUAACUAUAAUUUAUAGUAUAUAAUUUAUGUUACGAACCAGUUUGAUAACAAACUGUCCGCCCCUAAAAACCUCAACACCCUCCUAUGUUCUGGUCACCAUCAUACAAGUUAUAAUCAUACAGCUCAAACCACAUCACGUGCUCGUCACGUGUCACAUGACUGCAUAUUUGAAUCAAGACGUCUGGAAAUUCCCCUUCCAGCUUAUCGCAAUCUUAAACUGUUAAGUCGUCAUUUUAUUUUAUUACUUUCCAGGUCGGGCUGACACUAAGCCUGCUCGGACACAACAACUACACGUUUGGUAGACUGGACAAGUUCAAGUACGUGGUCAACGGAGUGUUCAUCGUGGUCUACCUGUGGGUGGAUUUGUUUCUCAUCAGGUGCGGGAUAGCGGCCUGCAACUCCGUCAUCAGGUCUUACCAGGAUCUGUCUCACAACGGUUGGUCAGCAAUAGGUUCCAUCGUCUUUCUGUUACUCCCGUACUAAAGCAGCUUUUCCGGAAGAAAACACAUUUCGUUGCCCGGUUAUUUAUCUUUGAACCCGAACCGAUUACACCUGAACUCAAACCCUGCAGAUGCGCGAACCCUGCUGACGACGGAAACCGAACCCGAACUUCCAAGUCACUGUUAGUAGGAACCCACCCAAACGUCCUACCAUAAACUUAUUUGAAAAACAAAAAAAAUUAACUGGUUUUACGAAUGUGGCAGAAGACUUCCUACGCCAGAAAGUCAAAAUGAUUUUUUUUUCAAAUCCCUUACCCACCUCUCCCGCCACCAACACAACUUUCGUGCAAAGACUUGAUAUGAAUUAAGGUUUAACAAAUGAAACAAGAACACCAUUUAGCCAACUAUUUUUUUUUAAAUCCUUUAUAUUAACUUCCCUUUUGUUCGUGGCUGGCGAAAUCUUCGGACAGCUCAAACAUGACUCACUCUCCGUCACCCUAUCGAGCUGAAACUUAGCACAUAGACUCGCUGCCGAUGACAGAACAUUCUUUCAAAUUUUCAGCCCCAUCCCCAAGUCCCAACCACCAAAAAUAAGUUGUUCCCGUUUUUCAAGCGGAAGCUGAAGGACAUAUGAUGACACUGAUUGUAUGAAAUAAAAUUCCCGUUAACUGCGCAAAAAGAGGUUCUUUAACAAAAAAUAUUCCAAGCGCGUUUGGUGCUUAAUAUUUUUUUUUUUUUUGUUAAUUUUGUUUCCUGCGGUGUGAAGGCUCAUUAGACUAGAAAUAUAGUUCAGGGGCGUGGAAAAAUUGUGCCGUUGCGAGCCCGACGAGGGGGUUGUGGGAGAGGCACUAAAUGGGAUUUUUAUAUAGUGCGCUAUUUUGUACGCUUGUUUUGUCAAAUUUUUAGCCCAACCCCGCAACACCCCCCCCCCCCCACCCUCGGUGUAAAAUUUUUAAAAAAAGGGGGGGUGCCUACACCGAAAUAAAUAUGUAGGCUACUUAAUGCUUACCAGUAUUGAUUUAACAUGUCACGGGUGUUAAGCAAUAAAUAAAUUAAUUGAUCAAUUCAAUUUAAAAGCUUCGUUUGAAGACUACGGGGCGCUAGGGGUGAAUUAUGGCGCCAAAAAUGGGGAGAGGGGGCUGUUGCCGGAAAAAAAGAGAACUACUCCAAAGACUUCUUAGUAUUUGAAUGUUUUUUUUUUUUAAUUGCUUUAACGAUAUCCGGCCACUCUCUGAUCUGUCUCUUCGGUCUGUCUCUUUCACACUAUCCGGCCACUGUCUGGUCUGUCUCUGGUCACUAUCCAGCGACUCUCUGGCCUGUCUGUUGUCACUCUCCGGCCUGUCUCUGGUCACUCUCUGGUUCGUAUCCGAUGCUCUCUGGUCUGUCUUUUGUUACUCUAUGGUCUGUCUCUUGUCACUCUCUGGUCAGUCUCGUCUCUGAUCACUCUCUGGUCUGUAUCUGGUCACUAUCUGGUAUGUCUCUGAUCACUGCCUGUUCUGUCUUUGAUCACUCUCUUGUCUGUCUCUGGUCACUCUCUGGUCUGUCUCGGAUCACUCUUUCGUCUGUCUCUGGUCACUCUCUGGUCUGACUCUGGUCAUAUUUUAGUCUGUCUCUGGUCACUCUCAAGUCUUCCAUCUUGCCACUAUCUUGUCUGUCACUGGCCACUCUCUGCUCCGUCUCUGGUCACUCUUUGGUAUGUCUCUGGUCACUAUCUGGUCUGUCUCUGGUCACUCUCCGAUCAUUCUCUGGUCACUAUUGUGUCUGUCAAUUUUUAUAACUUUUGUUUGAGGCUUAUUUGAAAGAACAUGUGGGGAACAAAAUAACUUGAAGCCCAAAGUUAGAAACACGUCAGGUGUCCUUUUAAUGGACAGUUUAAACUUUAAAUUUAGGCUAUUAGGUAUAUUUGCAAACGUAUUUGCGUGUUGGUGCACACUUUUAAACAACGUCUCUUUAGCCUUACCCAAAGAUUGUAAGACUAGACUUGCAUAUUCAUUCUUUGUAAAUCAUCGAAUAAAGCCAAGAGGUCUGAAUCAAAUGUUUUAUAUCUUUAUUUCCAACAUCUACAGCAACCGCUGUCCCUCCAGACCCGUCCGUGAUAGCGAGGAAGAAUCCGGCAAGAGCUUGCAGGAAAGUUUAUUGAAAGAAUCAUUUUAUUGAUUUCUAUUCAUUUAUACGUUCGUCA